CCCCUGCUGCACCAUGGGGUCCCUCCUGGAGACACUUCUCCAUGAACUUCUCCAAGGUGUUACCACCAUUUCUAACAGGCCCAGCCUUGGCCAGCGGCUGGUCUGUCCUGGAGCUGGCUGGAAUUGCCUUUGUGGGACAUGGAGGAGCAGCUGCUUCCAUCAUCCUCUCACAGAAAGUGCUCCUAGGGCCCCCUCUUACCAAAACCUAGCCAUGCAAACCUAGUAUAAGUGUGAUAGGAUUUUAUUACCAUUAUUCAUUCUUUUUAUUGCUAUUUUGGCUACUUUUGCUCUUAAUAUUACAGUUAUUACUAGUAUUUUUUAAUCUUUUUGACUCUAUAUUAAGAGUGUCUUUAGUAGAACUUGAAACAAGAGUUCUUAAUUGCAAGUAGAAGUUAUCAUUUUUCCAGCCUCUUGCCCUGCCCUGUUCUGUGUCAUUGCUGUGUGUGAAGCUGCUGCUGCCAGGGCUCCCCAUUUCCCUGGUUUGGGAAAUUCGAUGGCAUUGCUCACAUGUCAGAAAGAGAGGGCUCAUUCCAAUCAAAUGCAUUGCCUGAACUCUUCUAGUCCCAGUGUUGGAAGCUUGUUUUGUAAUGUUGCUGACUUUCUCAGCACCUGUUAAUAUUUGUGAUUUUAUGACAAAAUGUUCUGGGAUGGGAUUUUGCAAGAUUCUGUAAUCAGUGUUCAGUUUUGCUCUGGGAUUUCUUAAUGGUGUGUCAGAACUGAAUGCAGCAUUUUGGGUGGGAAACCUUCAGUCGGAGCUAGGAUUGUCUCAGCAGCAGCUGGUUUUGCACAUGUAAGCAGAGAUAACAAAGAUUCCAUGAGCUGAAUAUUCAGCCUUGCGGCAGAAUCCGCAGUGCCUCAGCGGCACCGGAGCUGGAGGAGCCUCUGCAGCCUGCGGGGUCGGACAUCCCGAUAAGGGGGACCCCGGGAGCCUGGAACGUGGAGCCCGGAUAAGGGGGACCCUCUGCAGGAGAUGUUGGGACCAUGGACAAGAGAGACCCAUGGGUACCCCGGGGCCCUGAAACGGGGACCCUGCACAGCUGGUACCCCUGGAGCCCCUCUGACACCCACCUGGGAGCCCAGGGAAGGGAACCUCUGGGAUUGCCAGGAGCCCCUGCAGCCCAGAGAGAGGGGACACCAAUACACACUGGAGCUGCAGAAGGCCAGGCAGGAGGGACCCCUGAACCCCAAAGUGGAGAGACCAGAGCGGGGAACUCCUGGGUGAAUGGUUGUUUGGUGAAUCCUGGUGGUUUGGGUUUUUAUGAGGGUGGCUGAACCUUGCUGGUCUGGAGGUUUUUAUGGACACCAGACACCUGGUGACUUCUGGAGAUGGAAUUGGGCAGGAGGAACACCCAAGCCAACACACUCACACCUUGUUUAUUCCCCAGAAAAGGAAUUUCAGUUCCCAAAGUUUGACCAGAUGGAGGAGGAGACCAUGAGGAAGAUGAAGAUGCCCUGGCAGCCCCAGGCAGGUGAGGAAGAAGACAAAUCCCCACAGCAGAACCUCGUGGAAGAGGCUGUUUUGAGCAACUCCACAGCGCAGGAAUCCAAUGGGGAGGAAAAGUCUUGGAGAACCCGCAUGAGGAGGGGCUGCAAACACAGAUCUCGGGGAUCUGAGGAGGAAAGUUCCACCCAGGGCCAGGAAGGCGGCCAGAGCUCAGAGCUGGGGGUCCAUGAGCAGCUUCAGGUUGGGGAGAAGCCCCACAAGUGCUCGGAAUGUGGGAAGAGCUUCAGCAAGAGAUCCUACCUGGUCCGCCAUUGGAGAAUCCACACAGAGGUUCAGCCAUAUGAGUGUCCCGAGUGUGGGAAGAGCUUCAGGAGGAGCUGCUACCUGCCUGUCCACCUGCGGAUCCACACUGGAGAGAGACCCUACAAGUGUGAUAAAUGCAGGAGUAGGUUUCAGACCAGUUCUCAUCUCCGCCAGCACCAGCGCAUUCACUCAGAUGAGAGGCCCUUCCGCUGCCCUGACUGCAGGAAGGGCUUCAAUGACAAUUCCACCCUCGUCAGGCACCGCCGCAUCCACAGCGGAGAGGGGCCUGGGGCGAGGCCGUACGUGUGUGAUCAAUGCUCGAAGGCAUUUAAGACCAGCUCCCAUCUCCUGCUUCACCUGCGCACUCACACAGACGAGAGGCCCUUCCGCUGCCCCGACUGCGGGAAGGGCUUCCAGCGCAACACCCACCUUACCAGCCACCGGCGCAUCCACACCGGGGAGACGCCCUAUGAGUGUCCCGAGUGUGGGAAGAGAUUCCGGCAAAGCUCAGCCGUGACCCACCAUCAACGGAGGCACCACUAAGGGCAGCCCUGUGAGUGCCCUGAGUGCAGGAAGAGCUUCCUGCACU